AGCUCUGGAGCCUUAGCCCUCGGUACAGCAUGUUGGGAUGAACGCCUAUCGCGAGCGGGGAGAAACAGCAGCUGUUUGGCUCCACAGCCCUUCCUGAUAUUCGGCCAUGGUAAAGCCAUUCAUCGGAUGGACCUUGAUGGGAAGAACCAGAGGAGGCUCGUGGCUGGCGUGGGGAGUUCUAUCCUGCUCGACUUUCAUUUCAGAGAAGAGAAAGUUUACUGGGCUGACAAACACACUGGGGUCAUCUACAAAGCAUCAGUGAGAGGAGCACACAGACAGAAACUGUAUUCAUCUGCCAGACACAUCUCGGGCCUUGCAUUGGACUGGAUUCAGAACAGUGUGUAUUGGACAAGUGGAGAAAAGGGAAAAAUCAAGAGAAUGGAUAUAAAUGGGAAAAAUGAAAGGACUCUUUUGAGACACUUGACCCAGCCAAGUUCUCUAACUGUUGACCCCACUAACAGAUUUCUUUUUUGGCUGUCUGGUGGCAUGACUCCAAGCAUCCAGCGGUCUGAUGUGACAGGCCAAGCAAAAACUACACUUAUUAAAAUAGCAGAACAACUGAAAGCACUGUCGAUUGACAGAGAGGAGAAAAGACUGUUCUGGGCUCAGUUUGGUCUGCAAGGAGAAAGUGCCAUUGCCUCUUGUGAUUACAACGGGAACGUCCUUCACAUCAUAGAUCAGCCACUUCGGUCUCAGUCACUGGGGAUAUCAGUUUUUCUGGAGCACUUGUACUACACUGAUGCUGAAUCUCGUAGUAUAAAACAAGUAAACAAAUACUCUAGUGGAGAGCCGUUGAAUGUUAACAGAAAACCAAUGGCAAAACCCCCGGUUGAUAUUAAGGUGGUACAUCUCCUCAACCAGCCAAUAGAAACCUCCCAGUCAUCAUUUCCAGGUUGUGACGAGCAGAGUGGAAAUUGUGUGAAUGUGUGUUCAAGUCUAGCUGAACCAGGGACUUGUCAAUGCAGCGAAGGCUUUGCUCUCAGUAAGCAAGGCACACACUGUGAAGACGUGAACGAAUGUGCCUUUUGGAACCACGGCUGCUCUCUCGGUUGUGAAAACAUCCCCGGCUCCUAUUUCUGUACCUGCCCUAAAGGAUAUGCCCUCCUACCAGACAGGAAGACAUGUCAAGAGAUCAUACCAUGUGAAGGCAAUAUCACCAGGUGCGGCCAUGGAUGCCUGACAACAGACGAGGGUGCUGUCUGUGUGUGUCCUGAGGGAUCGAUACUACAGGAGGAUGGACAAGCCUGCACCGGCUGCUCGUCUGCAGACAGAGGGGGUUGCAGUCAGCUCUGUACUCCCGUCACCCCUAGUAGGUGGCAGUGUGGUUGUCUGCCUGGCUACCAGCUCUACCAAGACGGCAAGCGCUGCAUUGCGCCUGGACCACCACCUUAUCUACUAGUUGCUAAUCUAGUGGACGUACGGCAAAUUAAUCCUGAUGGCACUGGGGAUCAGAGCCUUGUGGAGGAGCCCAGAGGCACAAUCAUAGCUUUGGACUAUGACCCCGUCCAGAACAAUGUGUACUUCGCUAGUACAAGCCAGAAGACAAUUGAGCGGGUUGAUUUGAACGGUGGGUCCAGAGGCGUUCUCGUCUCUGAUGGUUUGGACUCUCCAGAAGGACUGGCCAUAGACUGGAUCCACCGCAGGAUGUACUGGACAGAUAAAAGCCAGUCAACGGUUGACUGCAGCAGCUUGGCUGGACUGAACAGAGAAACCAUUGUAAGCAAAGGGCUGGAAAAACCAAGAGGAAUCGCAGUUCAUCCUUUGGCAAAGAAGUUGUUCUGGACCGAUAUCGGCACCCAGCCUGUCGUGGAAAGUGCGUCUUUGGAAGGGAAAGACCGGGUUGUCAUUGCCAGCACCAACCUUGUGUCACCGAGCGGCCUGACCAUCGACUUCACAGAGGAUCGUCUGUUCUGGUGCGACCAGAGGAGGGGCCUGGUGGAGACGGCUGCCCUGGAUGGUUCAGAUCGACAGGUCCUGUUAGAGAACCAAGUAGGUCGACCUUUUGAUCUUGCAGUAUUUGAGGACAGGUUGUGGAUAUCUGAUCGGGAGCACAAGCUGCUGAGUAGCAUACACAAGCGGACUGGGAAAAAGCUGCACCGUAUCCAUGGCAACAUGGUCCAACCGGCAUCCAUUGUGGUGGUUCAUCCUCUUGCUAAACCAGGGGCAGACGUUUGCCUUCAUCUGAACGGCGGUUGCGCUCAGGUGUGUGAAAGCAAACUGGGAUUCGCCCACUGCUCCUGUCUGUCACGCUACAUCCUAUCAGCUGAUGGAAAAAGUUGCUUGCCUGCCGAUGCCGAUGGAACAGCAGAACAUGGAGACCGUGAACCCACUGUUUUAACGUCUCUCAAAAACAAAACACUGAAUGAUGACAGCACGCCCCUGACAACACCCGAGCUGUCGACUGAUAACGCAGAGGUUAAUUUAGACUCUGAAGUAGGCAGUGAGCCAACUCUCUUCACAGACAAGAUGGUUUCAGACCAGAAUGAGUGUUACUCACUUCGCUGUGAUGUAAAUGCACAGUGUCUGCUGAAUGCUGGCAGUCCAUCCUGUCUAUGUGUGGAAGGUUUUACAGGUGAUGGACACUUGUGUGUUGAUAUUGAUGAGUGUAAACAGGGAACUCACAAAUGUGACAACAACGCACAAUGCCAAAACACCGUGGGAAAGUAUCUCUGCAAGUGCCAGGCUGGAAACCACAGCACUGGCAAGACAUGUCGAUGUUUGGAGACCCUAUCGCCGUGGGUGACGACUGGUAGCCCUGCUGAUGUCACCACGCAGCACCACAACAGUAACUCAGUAGAGAGUUGCCCAUCCACCCAUGAGUCCUACUGUCUGUACCAGGGUGUCUGCUUCUACUUUCCUGAAAUGGAGUCCUAUGCUUGCAAUUGUGUAUCGGGCUUCAUGGGGGAGCGUUGUCAGUUCAGCGACCUGGAGUGGUGGGAGCUUCAGCAGGCUGAGGAGGAGAAGAGGAGAAACGUGGUCAUUGCGGCCUGCAUGGUGGUCCUUGUUUCCCUGCUCUCCAUCGCCGCCUGUGUCACCUACUGCUACGGAACGAGGAAAUUCUUCCACAAACAGCCCUCAGUGGAUAAUGUGAGUGAGACCAGUGUGACAGAUGAGAGCAUGUCAGAGUCCACUACCACCAGUGUGCCUCGGUUCUACAUGGUGGUAGAAAAUGGUGUGGAAGGAAUCGUCAUCCCUGGUAUGGGCUGUCCAAGGAGAGCUGUCUGUCCAUCCUGCUCUUCAGAAACAGGUGACAACCCCGAGUCUGAAGCGCCAGGAACAUUGUCCAAACACAACAGAGGGUAUGAGUGCUCCAUGCUGUCUGCUGUUGUCAUGGAGACCAACCAACCAACAGUCCAUCACUCAAGUCCAUCAUUGUCAAGCUCAUAUAGCUCAUAUACGUCUUUCAAACCACCGCCGCUCUCCCAGACUCCCAGCCCAGAGCCCCCUGCUUCUUAGUUUACAAGAGAGGCCAAAGCAGCUGUACAGUUAAACGCACACA